AAAUAUCUCUUUAUUGUGUAAAAUAAAAGAAAUAUAAAUACUAAUGAGUUAUAUAAAUAAAGAAGAAAAAUAGUAUUUUCAGACGGGGUGCAGUAUUUUAUUUCUAAGAUACACGAGAGACGUUUUAGAGCCUUGAAAACGUCCGGUGUUGUCGUGUGAAGGCAGCGAAAAUGUUGACUUUCUUUCUCAUUCACUGCUGUUUGCAUCAGUAAUUUUGAUUAAUAAAAUUGGGUGAUGACAAUGACAAUGUGAAGACUUUCUGCAAGUGGAGUACUGGAACACCAUUAACCAAAUCUUAGUUGUCAUUAAACAGAAUAGUAGUAUUUUGUAAAAGCCAGUAAUUGAAAUUUUCAGCUGACUGCAGUAUUUUAUUUCUAACAUAUCACACUCUUGAGCUUGUUAAACAAUUUAUUGUUUGAAUUUAUAGGCGCACUCCAAAUUCAUUUGGUCUGAUCUGCAUAACUCCCUACCUAUCUUCUCAUAUUCCAAACGAUCAGCCGGAAAAGAAAAAGGAAAAACGAAGAAGAAAAAUCUGCAUUUCAAUAAGUUGAGAAAUGGCAGAGGCAUUCCUUCAAAUAGUUCUUGGAAAACUGAGCACAUUGGUCGAAGAAGAGAUUGGAAGGAUUACUGGUGUCGGCGAGGAGAUGAAGAAGCUCUCGAGCACACUCACCACCAUUCAAGCUGUGGUCGAAGAUGCUGAAAUGAAGCAGAUUGAAAGCAAGGCCGUACAAAAUUGGCUACUCAAGCUUAACGACCUUAUCUACGAGAUCGACGACAUAUUGGAUGAGUAUGCAACAGAAAUCUCUAAACUGAAGCAGAAAAACAGAAGAUUCGGUCGCUAUAAACCGAUGCAGCUUCUGUUUCGACGCAAAAUCGGGACAAGGAUGAAUGAAGUUUUAGAAAAAUUGGACGCGGUUGCUGCUGAGCGUGCAAAGUUCCAUUUGCGCGAGAUGGCUUUUCUGGAGAGGCCAACCGAGGUGGCCGCCGCCGCGUCCGCACGUGAGACUGGUUCCAUUCUGAAUAAGUCUCAGGUUUAUGGUAGGGAAGAAGAUACGGCGAAGGUUGUUGACAUCUUGGUCAACCAGGUCAACGACAAUGAAGAAAUCUCCAUCCUGCCCGUUAUUGGUGUUGGAGGCCUUGGCAAAACGACUUUUGCUCAAUUAGUCUACAACGAUGAACGGGUCGUCCGACAUUUUGAAAAAAGAAUUUGGGUUUGUGUCUCCGACAAUUUCGACGUCAAGACUUUGUUGAAAGCUAUGAUUGAGUCUUGGUCGUCCGAAAGUGCUUCGGACUUGGUGCACUUGGACACUUUACAACGCCGACUCUGGGGGGUGUUGAACAACAAGAGGUACUUGCUUGUACUGGACGAUGUUUGGAACGAAGAUCAAGAGAGGUGGUGCGAGUUGAAAAAAGUUGUGGCGUGUGGCUCGACCGGGAGUUCGAUUAUCGUCACCACACGCCUCAAAAAGGUUGCUGAUAUUAUGAGAACACUUCCAUCACAUCAGUUGACGGGGUUGUCGGACGAGAAUUGUUGGAUGCUGAUGCGGGAACGUGCAUUCGGACAGGAGAGAGAGGAAUAUCCCAACCUGGAAGCCAUUGGAAAGAAGAUAGCGAACAAGUGUGCUGGUGUUCCUUUAGCCGCCAAGGCGCUCGGAGGUUUGUUGCGGUUUAAAAGAGACGAGAAGGAAUGGAAUUACGUGAAAGAAAGUGAAAUAUGGGAAUUACCGGAGGAAGAAACUCUGAUACUGCCAGCUCUGAGGUUGAGUUAUCGUCAUCUUCCUUUAGCAUUAAGACCGUGUUUUGCUUAUUGUGCAGUCUUUCCGAAGGAUUCUCGUAUUGAGAAACGAGAACUGAUCUUUAUGUGGAUGGCGCAUGGAUAUAUUUCAUCGAGGGGAGCGUUGGAAGUCGAGGAUGUCGGCAACGAAGUAUGCAACGAGCUAGUUUUGAGAUCCCUUUUGCACUAUGUUCCAAAUCCAGUUACAAAAAAACUCGACUUGAUUAUGCACGACCUUCUUCACGAUCUCGCCCUCUCAAUAAUGGAGAACAAAAUUCCUGGAAGACAAGUCCAAAGGACAAGUGUCGGAAGUUAUGCAUUUGAUAACAAAAUCCGCCAGGUAAAUUUACGGAAAAAAAUUGUUGCGUUUCCUACGAGUAAUCAAAUCGAGAUGGACAUGUACUUCAUCUUAAAAAACUUUUCUCGUUUGAGAGUAUUAGAUGCAAGUAAGACAAGGAUAAACGAACCGCUUUCUGCAGUGGGCAAUUUGAUACAUUUGAGACACUUGAAUUUUUCAGGAACUGAGAUAUGUAGCCUACCCGAGUCACUAUGUAGUCUGUGGAAUUUGCAUGUUUUGAAUUUGGAUAGCUGCAAAAAUCUCGAGGCUUUGCCAAAGAAAACGAGGUACUUGGUUAAUCUCCGUCAUCUGUUUUUGGAAGAUUGUGACUCGUUGAGGGAGAUGCCAUCCAAGAUUAGAGAACUUACGAAUCUCGUAACGUUGAGUCAGUUUGUAGUGGGUGGUGUUGGUAGAGGUGACGAACUUGAGGAAUUGCAACGCUCGAACCUCGGCGGCAAACUUAAACUUAGUCACCUAGAGAGAGUGAAAAACCCUAUGGAUGCAAAGAAAGCAAAUCUUGCCGAGAAAACGAACCUUCUUCAUUUGAAGUUGCAUUGGUUAUGGGAAUCGAUGGAAGAGGAUAUAGCUAUAGACGAGAAGGUGUUGGAAGCACUUGAACCUCACCCAAAUCUGGAAACUUUAGAUAUAAAGGGAUUCAGGGGUAGGUGUUUUCCAGUUUGGAUAUCGAGUUCAACUCUGAACAAACUAGUCGGGAUCGAGAUAACAUUUUGUCAUAAAUGUUUGCGUCUUCCACAACUUGGUGAGCUACCUCGUCUUAGAACCUUGACGUUAUAUAAUAUGGCGAGGUUGGAGUACGUUAUUGAGGAGGAGGAAGUAGUUCAAAGUGGAAGCGCACGACAGUUCGCAUCUCUGGAAACACUGUACUUGAGGUUUCUCCCCAGAAUCAAAGGAUUCGUAAAAGAGCAAGCGACGACGAGAUCAACCGAAGCAUUCCCGAAUCUCGAGUAUCUAUUUGUUGAAGGCUGCUCUUCGUUAACACUGCCGCCACUCUCGACCUUCUUUAAGAAGUUGAAGAUACUGAAUUGCGGGAUACUCUUAGCCGCUUCGUUGUCCAAGGCGGACCUGCGCAAUCUAACCUAUCUUUCCGUUGACUUUGAAGAGAACAGCGUCGAAACAUGUACCAUCACAGUCGAGGCACUGCAAAGCCUUACGAAUCUCAAGCUAUUAGGGAUUUGCAGAGCAUACGCAAACGGCCUCUCUUUGCCCGAACAAGGGCUGCAACACCUCACUGCUCUGGAGGAACUACACAUAUUCAAAUGCCGAGAACUUGAAGAGUUGCCGCCCGAGGGGUUUAAACACCUCAGCUGCCUUAGAAAGGUAUACCUACGUUAUCUUCCAAAGAUGGUAAGUGUACCCAAAGCCUUGCGGCACCUCUCGUCCUCGCUCGAAUAUCUAAGCCUAACCGGCCUACCUCAGCUGAGUUCGCUGCCGGACUGGUUGGUCGAUUUGACAUCUCUUUUAACUCUGGGUAUUUAUAAAUGCCCGAAUGUAGCAUCGGUUCCAGCUAGUAUCCGAGGAAUGACAAAUCUCCGGUGUCUGACCGUGAGGGAGUGCCCGGAAUUGGAAAGGAGAUGUGAGAGAGAAACGGGGGCGGACUGGCACAAGAUCUCACAUAUUCCCCACCUGCAAAUUGGUGAACAAUAGUAGCAUUCCUUGUAUGCCAUUAAGCCCGAUGGAGUGCAAAGAGGAUUGGUAUUUAUUACAAAACUCUCUCUAUUGAAUCUUUCACCGUAAAUCUGAUCUAAAAGAUUGAUUUUUGGGAUACUUAUACGUAUUAGUAGCUUUUUAUAUGGUUAAUUCUUCGUACAAUCUCUAUUAUCU